CACACUCGCUUUUGAUUUCUAUUCAUACACAUCCUCUGUUAUUCUGAUGUUCUCACUGCCGAGGCUUUAAAGCGUGUUAAAUCUAUAAGCUGUUGUUCCAUUUACGUCUUUUUCUUCCCUGUGGAGGAUUUGCAUUGUUAUUUAGCAAAACUGCAGGACCAUGUUUUAAAUUUCAUAUAAAGAUAAUUUCACAGUCAUUUAAAAAAAUGUUUUGACCUUGAUUUUAAUGUUUAUUUAUUCUAAAAUACAGCUCUAUCUUCAGCUUUUAAAAACUUUAUAUAUUUUUUUAUAUUAGAUGCAUAAUAACCAUAAUAAUUACUAAUUGCUGUAAUGUGGAUUAGAUCUGAAAUAUCAAGUGGUAGAUUAGUUUCUGUCCUUAUGUUACAUGUGACUCAGUGUCUUUGGGUUUUGUAGUUUUUGGAACAUGAACAGAACAUGGCGGUGAUCUCACGACUGAAUGCUUUUAUUUUCUCUCAGGUUUUCUUUCGGUGAGACAUGGAGACGAUAUGGCUUUAUCAGUUUCGUCUGAUCGUCAUCGGAGACUCCACGGUCGGCAAGUCGUGUCUGAUCCGGAGGUUCACCGAGGGACGCUUCGCCCAGGUGUCAGACCCGACGGUGGGGGUGGACUUCUUCUCUCGCCUGGUGGAGAUCGAGCCGGGCAAGAGAAUCAAACUACAGAUCUGGGACACUGCGGGGCAGGAGAGGUUCAGGUCCAUCACCAGAGCCUACUACCGUAACUCGGUGGGAGGGCUCUUGCUCUUCGACAUCACAAACCGCCGCUCCUUCCAGAACGUCCACAACUGGCUGGAAGAGGCCCAGAGCCACGUCCAGCCGCACAACAUCGUCUUCCUGCUGGUGGGUCACAAGUGUGACCUGGAGGCCCAGCGCCAGGUGACCCAGCACGAGGCCGAGAAGCUGGCGGGCACCUACGGGAUGCGCUACGUGGAGACGUCGGCACGGGAAUCCAUCAAUGUGGAGAAGGCGUUUGUAGAUCUGACGAAGGACAUCUUUGAGCUGGUACGCAGCGGGGACAUUACGAUCCAGGACGGCUGGGAGGGCGUCAAGAGUGGAUUGGUCCCUAACACCGUCCACUCCUCCGAGGAGGUCACCAAGGGCAGCCGGCAGUGCUUCUGCUGAUUCCCCUGAAGGCUCACGGGCUGGCAGCUCGUCGCUCUUCAGUGGACUCCCACCUGGAGGAGAUCUGUCUCCUGUCUUGGCCAGUUUUUGGGGGGGGGGGUUCAUAAUAUUUCCCCUGCUCAGUUACACAAUUUACUUCUAUAUAUAUAUAUACACAAGACAUUGUUUUUAUCUUUCGCUGCCUGUUUAUGGCUCUUUAUCGAUGUUCCUUACAGGCGUAGAAGCACAAGAAGCAUCCCAAUCUUAUCACUCUUCUGUUUGCAUGUGUGUGUGUGUGUGUGUGUGUGUGUGUGUGACUGACGGUAAUAAUCCUGCUGUCUUUGCAGCCCUCAACACUUCAAGCUUUACUGCACUUUUGGCCUUUCCCGAUGUGUACAGAUAUACUCCAGUGGAUCGUGAUGUUGUCGGUGCCCUUCUCUUCAUGACUGAUACCGUCAGUGAACUGUGUGAAUCAGAGAUUCCGAGACCGAGCCAUCCCUCUUCCUUUUCAUGCAUAAUAUAUAUUGCAACCGUGUACAGACUAUUGAACCAUUGGGGGAGACGAGACGGAAAGAGGUCCUCGCUGAUUGUACUGCACUACGAAUCCAAGUGGCUUAAAACAUGAAGAGAGCGGAUGAAAAUGCAAGUGAUCUCAGAUUGAACCAAAGUUUGAGACUCAGCUGGACCUGUUGUUUGUUUGUCCGACUGCGACCUGCUAACGACCGCUUGAGGAAGAGGUUGCACUGUGAAAAUGUUAAAUGGAACAUUUGAUGAAAGGAAAAAGAUACUGUAGCUGCUCAUUGAUAGCCAUUAUAACUUAAUAAUAGCAAGGAGAUUUAUCAAUCUGUAAAGUACCCACAUUCAUGUUUACUGUGUUGAUUUACUGGUGAGAACUGUUAAGACGUAACCUUAAAGCCUUUUGUUUGAAACCCCGAUAUGUUCAAUAUUAGAUCAUGUAAAAUAUAUAAAUGAACCGUCAAUUUGUAAAAUAAAUGAAGAGAUGCUUCGAACUUAUGAUGACAUGUUGUUUGUUAUUUUCUCAAUGACAUUUUUAUUGGAGUUCAUUUUUAUUUUAUUAUUUACAUUUGUAUUUAAUAUGCCCCUUUUUGAAAAUGUCUGUUAUUUUGCAUGAUGGCAUUUUCUUGAUGGCAGUAUAUUUCAAAUUUCAUAUUUUAGUUUCAGCGGUGUUGUCACCUUGCCUCAUGUCCCAAUAAACUGCUAUCAAAUGUAUCACUUUAUCUUCUUCGGUAGAUGCUGUUAGAGAAACGGAGCGGCGUCAUGUGGUCCCAGAUGUUCCUCAUAAAACACAAAGUAACUGAACUAACCAGCUUUUGGUCAUUAUUUAUGAUCCUGUGCAGCUAGUUUGCAGCUGGGUGAGUUCAGGCUUGUUAAACUAGAGAAGAGGCGAGUCACAUGUCUGUGUACUGGGCUCAUUUACCACUGAUGCAUGGUUUGGUUAAUAUUUGACAUUGUUGUUGUUGGAGGAGCUAACGGUCUAAAUGUGAUAGCAGUUGUUGAUCUUAAGAAAGCUAAGAAAAGGGGGUCUUCUGAUUGGCUGAAAGGUGAGAGGCCUGUGACAUCGCUGUCUAAAAAAUGAUAUCAUGAAAUAAAAGUGAAGUUAAUUGAACUGUUUUUAAAUUCCUUAAAUAAAAAUGAUACUUUUGAAAAUGUCUGUCUAUUAUGAAAUGGAAAGUAACUCUGUAAAUAUGAAAUUCAGAAAUUAUUGUAAAAAAUUAUUGUUUGAUUUAUUUGUCAUACUAACUUGUUAUAUUAAACGCUUUGGGGCACCAUACUUUUGUUAACUGA